AUGGCUACCAAGGUGGAUGUCGGAAUCCGGGGUUUGCCAGGAGCUCCACAUGGGCUGAAGGAACAUUUCCAAGCCGUGACACGGAACUACAUCACCCAUCCCAGGCUGACGUACCGGACGGUGUGUGGGGUGAACGGACCCCUGGUAGUCCUGGACAACGUGAAGUUCGCCCAGUACGCGGAGAUCGUCAACUUCACCCUGCCCAACGGCACCCAUCGGAGCGGGCAGGUGCUGGAGGUGACCGGCUCCAAAGCCAUCGUCCAGGUGUUCGAAGGGACCUCUGGCAUCGAUGCCCACAAGACCACUUGCGAGUUCACUGGGGACAUUCUCCGCACGCCCGUGUCCGAGGACAUGCUGGGCCGAGUCUUCAACGGGUCAGCUAAGCCCAUCGACAAAGGCCCCAUGGUGAUGGCCGAGGACUUCCUGGACAUUAACGGGCAGCCCAUCAACCCACAGGGACGCAUUUACCCCGAGGAGAUGAUCCAGACGGGCCUCUCCCCCAUCGACGUCAUGAACAGCAUCGCCCGAGGACAGAAGAUCCCCAUUUUCUCUGCUGCUGGUCUCCCCCACAACGAGAUCGCAGCUCAGAUCUGCAGGCAGGCUGGUUUGGUGAAGAAGUCGAAAGACGUGGUGGAUUUCCACGAGGAUAACUUCGCCAUUGUCUUCGCUGCCAUGGGGGUCAACAUGGAAACGGCUCGGUACUUCAAGUCGGACUUUGAGGAGAAUGGGUCCAUGGAGAAUGUCUGCCUCUUCCUCAACUUGGCCAACGAUCCCACAAUCGAGAGGAUCAUUACGCCCCGCCUGGCUCUUACCACCGCCGAGUUCCUGGCCUAUCAGUGUGAGAAGCACGUUCUGGUGAUCUUGACCGACAUGAGCUCAUACGCCGAGGCCCUGCGGGAGGUCUCCGCGGCCAGAGAAGAGGUGCCUGGGCGACGGGGGUUUCCUGGCUAUAUGUACACCGACCUGGCCACCAUCUACGAGCGAGCAGGACGGGUGGAGGGCAGGAACGGCUCCAUCACCCAGAUACCCAUCUUGACGAUGCCCAACGAUGAUAUCACCCAUCCCAUUCCGGAUUUGACCGGCUUCAUAACUGAAGGGCAAAUUUAUGUGGACCGACAGCUUCACAAUAGGCAGAUCUACCCUCCCAUCAACGUGUUGCCUUCUCUCUCCCGCCUGAUGAAAUCAGCUAUUGGAGAAGGCAUGACCAGGAAGGACCACGGGGACGUUUCCAAUCAAUUGUAUGCGUGUUAUGCCAUCGGCAAAGAUGUUCAGGCCAUGAAAGCCGUGGUAGGCGAAGAGGCCCUCUCGGCCGAUGACCUUCUCUACCUGGAGUUCCUGCAGAAGUUUGAGAAGCAGUUUGUCGCUCAAGGCGCCUACGAGAACAGAACCAUCUUUGAGUCUCUGGACAUAGGAUGGCAGUUGCUCCGUAUCUUCCCCAAAGAACUGCUGAAACGGAUCCCGGAAAGCAUCCUGGCUGAGUAUUACCCCCGCGAGGCCAAAGGGAAUCCAAGCUCCAACACGGCCCUCUGAAUCCCAGUCUGUCCAAACCCGGAUUCAGGAGAGAGCUGGGCUCAAACGUGGUCAGUCGAUGGGGAGAAGACGACGCCUCUCAGGAUAUGAAGCCCUUUUCUUGCGUUGGAAUCCGAUCCAGAGUCCA